CUCACCAUGGCAGCAACAGCGCCGCCCAACAAAGACCACAAGGACCACAAACUCGGAGUCCCCAAACUCGACGAGCCUCAACUGCAAGCUGGUGGAGGAAGUGCGGCUGCAACUGCAAAGGCCAGAACGGUCGAAUCUCUCACCCCUACCCUAUCCAAAUACCUCAAGACAAUCCACGACGAGGCCGACAAGAAGUACCAGCUAGCCACAAAGGAUGGUCUGACCAAGUGGUUGUCUGAAGAGCAAAAGGCACCAUUGUCGGAUGCCGAAACUCUCCAAGACGGAUCUGUGUCCCACUUCGCCAACUACUUCACUACGGGCCUCGGAAAUGUCAUGAAACCAUCGCAGCCUGUAGAUUCCGCUUUCCCAAUCUCUAAUUACUUCAUAUCCUCCAGUCACAACACCUACUUGACUGGAAACCAAUUGGCGAGCGAUUCAAGUGUGGACGCUUACAAAAAUGUCCUUCUCCGGGGCUGUCGCUGUGUCGAGAUUGAUGUGUGGGACGGAGAACCACCAUCAAGCUCAAGCUCUGAAGAUGAAGCAGCCGGUUCCAACGUCUCUAAGCCCAAGAAGGAGAAGAAGGACAAAUUGUCACUUCGUAAGAGGCUAGAACUUCGUUUUGGGAGGAAGGGCUCUCCGCCCAAAGAGGACAAGUCCAAGGAAGCGUCUUCCACAGCAAAAGAGCCAACUAAUAGCGAUCGCGUUACACCCUGGGUAUCCAAUAGCACUACAAGAGCUGAGCCACGAGUGCUUCAUGGUUUCACCCUCACCAGCGACAUGCCUUUCAGAUCAGUCUGCGAGACCAUUCGUGAUUACGCUUUCGUGUCCUCUAGCCUUCCUCUGAUUGUCAGUCUCGAAGUGCAUACCAGCCCCGAACAACAAGACAUCAUGGUGGAGAUCAUGAAGCAAUAUUGGAGCGGCAUGCUAGUAGACCUACCUCUGGACCCCUCCGAACCUGCAGAUAACAUCAAGUUGCCUACGUUGAAAGAGCUAGAGAACAAGAUUCUCGUCAAGGUUAAACGAUCUGUUCAGAAACCCGUUACAUCCAGCGCAAAACCAGCUGCACUGCAAACCCCUGGAGAACUAUCGCAAGCCAGCACCAAGGAAUCGGCUGUGUCUGACGCAACCAAUUCGGAUAGUUCGGACAAUCCCGAUAACCCCUCGGCUCCAAAACCAAAAGUGAUCGAAUCGCUAUCGAAACUAGGAGUAUAUUUUGGGGGGUAUUCUUUCAAAGGCCUCAACACUCCCGAGGCAAAUAUUCCCACCCAUAUAUUCUCAUUGUCUGAGAAGGCUCUAGUCGAAGUGCAUGAAACCAACCCUGCAGCUUUGUUCACGCACAAUAAACAUUUCUUCAUGCGCGCAUACCCCAAAGGCCUCAGACUCAACUCGUCAAAUCUCAAUCCGACUGUGUUCUGGAGACAAGGCGUCCAGAUUGUUGCUUUGAACUGGCAGCGCUGGGAUGGCGGCAUGAUGUUGAACGAAGCUAUGUUCGCAGGUACGCCGGGAUGGGUCUUGAAGCCUGAAGGGUAUCGAAGUACAAGUCCAGGAAAGACCUUGAAAGAUGCACUGCCACGUCAUAGUCUGGAUCUUAGUAUCGAGUUCUUCGCUGGUCAAAAUAUUCCCCUCCCCCCUGAGGAAGAUGACCCCAAGGAUUUCAAGCCAUACGUUAAGGUCGAGAUACACGUGGAGAAGCCAGAGGAGCGCCAAGGGGAGCCUAUCCCUGGAGGUGGCAAGAGUACCAAGGGUGAUGCGAAAAAGAAGACUAAAUCACAGAGAACUACCGAUCCCGAUUUUGGUCGUGAAACCCUGGAGUUUAAGGGUAUAGGGGGCGUUACCGAAGAGUUGACAUUUGUCAGGUUCAAGGUCAUGGAUGAUGAAAGACUUGGCGACGAUCUAGCUGCCUGGGCUUGCUUCCGCCUCGACAGAUUGCAGCCUGGAGUUCGCAUGCUACAUCUGUAUAAUUCGAAUGGUGUCAUAUCCAAGGGCGUGUUGCUGGUUCGGAUCAAAAAGACGGUCAGUAAAGCUUGA